GAGGUGAGAGAGCCGAGCGGGGAGGCGCACACGUCGAGAGGAGCCGCGAGCGGCAACGAGAAGACUCGGACCGCCGGCGCGGCCAGCGGGCCUCAUGUGAAGACUGUUGUGAAUAAGGAUGCCAGGAGAUGGAGAGGCCCUACGAAUCCAACCUCGUUCCCAGUUUGGCUCGACAGCGCACUGGAUUUGAAGCUCCGCCGUACAAGAAGUGAGCAACGAGUGAGAUCAGUCAUUGAUGACGCCCUGAAGUCGCCGUGCAGAAAACUCUCCGUAAGCGUCCCGGGCGGGCCCGAGGGCGGUCCGACCAUGAAACCUUCAAUCGCUGCGGUCCCGCCCUUCGGCCUCCUGCUGGUCCUGAUGUGCUGCCCCCCGCUGGGCCCGGCGCAGUCCGCCGGCGACGACGGACACCCCUCGCGCGUGAGCGACUCGGACCCUCGGCGCUGCACGAGGCAUCACUUUGUCGAGACAAUCGGCCACCCCAUUUAUAAGUGCAACGCCAAGAUGGCGCUGCUGGCGCGCUGCGAGGGCCGCUGCGGCUCGACGACCCGCUCCGACCCGCUCGUCUCCUUCAGCUCGGUGCUCAAGCGGCCCUUCAAGAGCACUUGCGCCUGCUGCCGCCCGCACGCGUCCAAACUCAAGGCCGUGCGCCUGCGCUGCGCCGGCGGCGCCCGCGUCACCGCCACGUACCGCUACAUCCUGGCCUGCAACUGCCAGGAGUGCAGCUAAGCUCGGCGGCGCACGUCGGGGGGGUUCCUUCGCUUUCUCGCUUUCUCGCUCUCCCGCCCGGACCCCGAAAAGUCUCUCACACGACGGCCGGCUUUGUCUUUGGGCCGACCGGAACUUGAACUGAAUCCAAAGUUCUCCAUUAGUCCCCAUGACAACAAGACAAGUUUCCUCGUUAUGAAAAAAAAAAAAAAUAAUAAAAAAAAAAAACUAGCUCAAGCUUUCGCGGCGCGAACCCAAACGGCCGGCGGCCUUUCGUCUGCUACCGUAAACCGAGAGAGGCCAAGACGUCAGGUGAACUAUAAAAAGAAGAAGACGGAUGAAAGACGGAAGGUGAGGGCGGCGCGUUCGGACUCUUGUUAAAUGUCGUCCAUUUGAAUCUGACGUUCCCGUAAUAUCACGCCGGAUUUAUACGAGCGUCUCGUGUUCUGUCGCUCGGAAGAGUUCCUGCUAAUCCGUUUCGAAGAAUAUAGAAUGUGUCCCUCUUGUCCCAUUUGUUGUUUUCUCCCCACAACAAAUAUUAAAAUAACAUUUUGUCA